AUGAUAGGGUGGAAUCUAUAUUCACGCAGCGGCACUUCCGCAGAUUUCGUCCUGGCAGACGACAACCCCCAUAUACCAUUACCAUCCUUAUCCAUUCCCGACGACCCACCCAUCCCGACUUCCCCUCCACGAUCAACCAGCACUGUCUUCUCAGCCCAAGCCCCUCUACCGCCAUCUCAUCACAGAACAGAUCAAGUCGACGCUCCGCCUUCUUUCGACAGAUAUAACAUAGAUCCCGCAAGCCAAGCUGCUAGAACUCGCGGUACACCUCAAGCUGAACUCCGGCCGAGACGUGCUCAAGAUCAAGUCCUCGGUCGUAGACGUCGAGAUCAUACUAUUGACCGAGGGGAACAAUCAAAUACUUUUUCGAGUCCUGGAGACUCUUCGAAUCCUUCAAACCUAGAAAGCGAACACCGCAAUAAAAGAAGACGUCAAAGUGCUAGUAUGAGAUCUGAAGGAGAGGAUAGUACUUCGAACGGUAGCCCGAAACCAUUCUCAAAUGGAGCCGGGACUUCUCGUCUACACAAGACAGCCCUCUCAAAUUCUGCCAAUGGUGCACAUUCUUCCUCGGUAGCCAUGAAUGGAUCGAGCACCAAUGGGCACUCAGAUGCAGGUGUCAGAACUACAUCGACAUAUUUUGGACAUGAUAGAGAAGAAGUCACUAGGAUCUUGAUCCAAGCUUUGACAGGUUUGGGCUACAAUGGUGCUGCAGCGAGAUUGAGUCAGGAAAGUGGUUAUGAUCUUGAAAGUCCGAUUGUAGCAGCUUUCCGAAAUGCAGUUUUACAGGGCGAGUGGAUCGAAGCUGAAGAACUGCUUUUUGGGGGAUCUACAGAGGAAGGCGGAGUUAAUAUUCACGGAGAUGGAUUGGUUCUUCGAGAUGGUGUAGAUAAGAACAUUAUGAGGUUCUGGAUGCGGCAACAAAAGUUCUUGGAAUUACUUGAACGAAAAGACAUGGGCAGAGCAAUAAAUGUUUUGCGCUCUGAGCUUACUCCACUAUAUCAAGAUACCGCCAAGUUGCAUUUUCUAUCAAGCCUACUGAUGUGUACACCUGCGGACCUUAAGGUCAAGGCUAAUUGGGAUGGGGCCGCUGGAGAAUCCAGACAUUUACUCCUCUCACACCUAUCUAGGUGUAUUUCACCAUCAGCCAUGUUACCUGAGAAUCGCUUGGCCACACUUUUUGACCAAGUAAAACGACAUCAGAUAUCUACAUGUGUUUAUCACAACACACAUGAGUCACCUUCGCUGUACCAGGAUCAUACAUGUGACCGAAGUAACGUUCCAUUGCGACCCAUCAUCGAACUUACCAAACAUGCUGGUGAAGUAUGGGAUACAAAAUUCUCACAUGAUGGAACUCUAUUGGCAAGCUGCGGAAGCGAUGGGGUUCUUAUUAUUUAUAAUGUUCCGGCUUUCAGUGUUCAUACUUCCUUUUCUGAACAUGAAGGUGGAGUCUGUUCUUUUGCUUGGAGUCCUGAUGACACGAGAAUGGUCACGUGUGGCCGUGAUAACAGAGCUUUGUUGUGGAAUACUGCAACUAGCGAUUUGUUGACGAAGCUCCCUCGUUUUGGGGAGCCUGUGUCCUGUUGUGUAUGGACAUCGGAUGGACAAUACUUUAUCACAGGCAGCUUAGCUACCACAAAGAACUUAUGCCAAUGGAACCUCAAUGGUGAGCUCGUAUAUGACUGGGGCCGAGACCAUCGUAUUCGAGAUAUAGCACUCACACCGGACGGAAGCCGACUAGUGGCUAUCGAACAUUUGACUCAUCUCUAUGUUUAUAAUUUCAUAACUCGCGAGCUUGAAUAUGAGCUGGACCUCAAAGUUCAACUAUGCUCAAUCAGCGUCAGCGAUAAUUCACGGCACUUGCUGAUACACUGUAAUUCUGGAGAAACACGCAUGCUGGAUAUAGACACCGGCGAAACAAUUCGAACCUUCGUAUCUGGGGAUAAAGGGGGUGAAUUCAUUAUCAGAAGCUCUUUCGGUGGUGCUAAUGAAAGUUUUGUAGUUAGCGGAAGUGAAGAAGGCAAUGUUGUGAUAUACCACCGAGAGAACGGUUCAGUGGUAGAAAAACUAGAAGCUCACAAGAAAGGUUGCUGCAAUGCGGUUUCUUGGAACCCAAUGAAUCCAAGAAUGUUCGCUUCCGCUGGUGAUGACGGCAAAGUUCGAAUAUGGUCGAGUGAAAAUAGCAUUCAGGGAGUCUCUAAACAAAAUAUAUUCAAUGGCUCGCAGCGUGAAUCUAAUGGCUGGUGA